CCCUUGAUAUUUUUCGCAUAAAAGAGAACUGCAAUUUGGGUAUCAGUGCAGUUGAAGCUCAACGACGAAGACACUAAGAUGCUGAGACAUUUUUUGGUCCUGAUUCUAAUCCUUUUGGUUGCAGUCUGUUGUUUCUCAGCGGAAUUGCCAGGAAAUGCCUACUUGCCACCGUUGAGACACAACCAACGGCUUUCCGAAGAUAUCCCACUAGCUGAGAAUGGAUUCCUCGUUGAUAUUGAACAGGAUUCCUUCGGAAGGUACGCACCCAUCUUUGUGGACUAUCCCGGAAUUCAUCAUUUGCUAAGACAGCAACAGGAAUACGCAUUGGAUCUGCCGUUCGAGGAAAAACCACAUAAUCGGAAAAUGGACCUGAGUCUUGAAAAUGAUUCUGCUGCCAACAGAAAUUGGUAGGCGUCUUUUGAAGUACGAUGAUAAUAAAUAAAGGCAACGUCAAAUGAUUACGAAAGAUUUAAAA